GAAGCCCCUCUGACCGGGGGAGCUGCCCAGACCGGCAAGGCACCGGUGGAUUCCUCCCCCCACAAGGGAAAAGGAAAAAAGAGAGUGAAGCAUGCGGCCACCACCCAUCCAUCGGCCAAGAAAAGGAGAGGGGAACAUUCCCCGGUCAAAGAAUCAAUGGAAGAGCUAUGGGUCAAGAUGACCCUCAAGCUGAAAGAGAUGGGCGAGGUCUGCCCGGAAACUUUGGAGAAGCUCGCAGAUGACACGCCUUCCCGGUCGGCUCAGUUGGAGGAGAAGCUGAGGAGAGCUGAGGCUCAUAAUCGAGAGCUUCAGGAUCUGACCGGGCGCCAGCUCGAUGAGGUGGCCAAUCUCGCCCGGAUGGCCGGGGAAGCGGAUGCUGAGAUCCUCCGGCUGAAGGAGGAAAACCUGAAGCUUAUGGAGGAUUUGGAGCUGAAGGAGAGAGAGUUCCCCGGCAGGGCCAAGCAAUGGGUGGGGGAGAACUUGGAGGAGACGGCACGGGUGAUCACUUCUACUCCGGAGACGACGAUGGAAACCUUCAAAUUUAUCUACCGGGAGGCGCAGGGGAAAGAGAUGAUCACCCAGAUCGGCUCAUAUGGUUUCAUGUCUGGGCAGAAAAGAGACCGGGAGGCUACACAUGCAGUCCUGAUUGAACGCGACCCGGAUUUUUCUGCUGAAGCGUAUGGCCUGGCCCCCAUUCCCGAAGAAGAGCCUGAACCCCCUUUCCCUUUGCAGUGAAUUCUCCCCGGCUGCGCCCGGUCAUCUUUUGUAAACUUGAAAACUUGAAAUUUUCCCGGGAAUGCUCGGUGUAUUUGUAAACAAUUAACAUUCUUAUUUUGCUUGAAUGCCAUGUUUGUUUUUCGUACAG